GGUCAGAGACAGAAACGAAGUCCCGGAGACAGGAUUCUUUUCGCAGCAGCAUCCCGGUACAAUGUGACCCUGUUAUCACCUUCAUUAGUUUGAAUGACUGCUGUCCGAUCGCCACAUAACUUAAAUCGUUGAUAUCCAGCUGCGGCUUCGCGAGGUGAAACAUUGCACAGGCAAGUGGGCCAAAAUUCCCGGGGAGGACUCCCGACUGCCUCGCCUGCCGAACAAUCCAUCACUCCGGCUGCCGCUACGGCAUAGGGAGUGUAGUUAGGCUAUCUUGGCUAUGGUCCUAUCCUCGUAACUGUGGUUUCCACCAGCCAUGCGACAGUGGUGCCUUCCGGCUGUGGCUCCACGCACAGAACCGCUCCUGACUGGCCGACUGUCACCUCAAUUGUCAGAUGCCAGGAUGGAAUGCUGCGAGGUAGAGCCUCGGUACACCAUCGAGCAGAUUGACCUGCUGCAGCGCCUGCGUCUGUCGGGGCUGACCAAGCCCCAGAUCGUCCAUGCCCUGGAGUCCCUGGAGAGGCUGGACUCAGACCACCGGUCGCCCUACUGCGACACCCACGCCACGCCCGCCAACGCUCCCGCCGCUGCCGCGGCCGCCCCGUCUUCCUCCUCUUCCUCCCUGACUUCCACUACCACGCAGACCCCCAACAUAGACACCUCCCCGUCACCAAGCAACAGCUACGAGGCUUCCCCCCCACCCCAGUACCCCACCAGUGGGGGUCAGAGGUCGUUUAGCUACGACAUACCUGAGGAGGACUGGGACAUGGAAGAGAAAGUGGAGGAGUAUAUGAGGAGGGACAGUAACUUGGUGAAGGAGGAGAUCAAGGCUUUCCUCAACAACCGGAGGAUCUCGCAGGCCAUCGUGGGCCAGGUGACAGGGAUCAGCCAGAGCUACAUCUCCCAAUGGCUGCUGCAGCAGGGCCUGGAGAUGAGCGACCCCAAACGGAGAGCCUUCUACCGCUGGUACCUGCUGGAGCGCAACAACCCAGGGUUCCGAUGGAACGAAAGCCAGCAAACGCAGGUCCCCAGGACGAGGACAGAAACCCCCUGGAACAGACAGAGAGAGCUGCUGAUGCAGCUGCUCCCCUGGUACUCUGCCCAUCAAACACAACCAGGUGCCAGCAUGUCUGUGCGUUCCCUUGUGAAAGAGGAGCCGGAUUGGAGGUCCAGUGGCAGCCCUGCAGCGAACGGGGUGGGGGGCGGACCUCUGCGGCUGCGCAGGGGGAGCCGUUUCACCUGGAGGAAGGAGUGCCAGUCCAUCAUGGAGAGUUUCUUCGUUGAGAACCAGUACCCAGAUGAAGCAAGGAGAGAGGAAAUCGCCAAUGCCUGUAACUCUGUGAUCCAGAAACCUGGAUGCAAGCUGUCCGAGUUUGAGAGAGUUACGGCCCUCAAAGUGUACAACUGGUUUGCCAAUCGCAGGAAGGAGAUGAAGAGGCGGGCCAACAUCGAAGCUGCCAUUCUUGAAAGCCAUGGAAUUGAAGUGCCAAGCCCCAGCUGCCACUCAAAUGGAGAGGAAGUAGAGGUUUCUGAGUUCUGUGAGCAGGAAGAAGUGUCCUCCAGGAAGGACACUGAGGAAGACGCUGGCUCACUGGCCCUUGAGGUAGCGGGCCUGCCCAGCCCUGGCGACCAGCUUGUGACUCAAAAAGCAGAAGAAUCUAAAAGGGAGGCAGCUGACGAGGAGUGAAUCCCGGGCAAGAACUUCAGGAAAGGACAUGGAUAAAGCUGGUGAAUCAAAGCUCCUGAACUGAGGGCUUCAGAGGGUGAGGUCAAGGCCAGGGGUGGUACGAGGUAUUCCUCUGGUGCCCCUCCCUCCCUGCCCCCUAGUGGUAGGGAGGCCACAGUAUGUAUCUCCAGUAAUUACGCUAAUAUUAAUGGCAAUAUUAAUCUCUUUAUAGUGCAUUCCAAGAUGAGUCUUAUUAAAGACCAUCUGAAAGGGAGAGGGAAGCAGGCUGUUAGAAGUGGGUGUGUCGUAGAGGGAAGGCCACUCCCUACUGCUAAAGCAUUUAUUUCUACCUUUUUCCGCUGCUUUCAUUUUAACGGCUUGGUGAAUUUCA